GUAUGCACCCAUCAUCCCCAGCAGCAGCGCAGACAUCGCUGCUACCAGAGCCUACUUGCACCCACCACAACAUGUCCGGAGCUUGUGAAGGCUGCACCUGCGGCCGCGCGAACGGCAACGCCCCGCCGACGGCGGCAGAGCCAGUGAGCCUGCUCGCGCCCCCCUCGACCUCUGGCGGCGCGUCCGUCCCCCUUCCUAGGUCGUUCACGGCCCCCACCGACGCGCGCACGACCUUCUUCCAGCCCACGGCGGCCGAGGGGAUCGAGGCGGCCGUCCCGCUGCGCUCGAAGAAGUGGUUUAACGACGAGGAGGAUCCCGGCAUGACUGGCAUCUACCUGGAACGAUACCUCAACGACGGCGUGACGCUCGCCGAGCUCGCAGGCGACAACAAGCCCAUAAUCGGCAUUGCGCAGACUGGCUCCGACCUCGCCCCGUGCAACCGGCACCACCUGCAGCUCGCCAAGCGGGUACGCGACGGCAUCCUCGCAGCGGGGGGCACGCCGAUGGAGUUCCCCUGCCACCCGAUCCAGGAGACGGGCAAGCGGCCGACUGCGAUGCUGGACCGGAACCUCAGCUACCUGUCGCUCGUCGAGGUGCUGUACGGCUACCCCUUGGACGGCAUCGUGCUCCUCACUGGCUGCGACAAGACGACGCCCGCGCUGCUCAUGGCCGCGGCGACGGUCAACAUCCCGGCGAUCUGCCUGAACGUCGGCCCCAUGCUCAACGGGUACAGCAGCGACAACACGCGCCUGAUGGGCUCUGGGUCGGUCGCGUGGGACAACCGCGCGCUGUAUGCCACGGGGCAGAUCAACGCACAGGAGUUCGUGCAGGGCAUGGCGACCAGUGCGCCGUCAAUCGGCCACUGCAACACAAUGGGCACGGCGAGCACGAUGAACGCGCUCGCCGAGGCGCUCGGCAUGGCGCUGCCCGGCUCCUCGGCCAUCCCGGCCGCGUACCGCGAGCGCGGGGCAAGCGCGUACGCUACCGGCCGCCGCAUCGUCGACAUGGUGCGCGAGGACCUCAAGCCGUCCGACAUCCUCACCAAGGACGCGUUCGAGAACGCCAUCGCGUGUUGUACGGCUAUUGGCGGGAGCACGAACGCGCCCAUCCACCUCAACGCUGUCGCCAAGCACAUUGGCGUCGAGCUCGACUGCGACGACUGGGACCGCGUCGGCUACGAGCUGCCCGUGCUCGUCAACAUCAAGCCUGCCGGCCAGUUCCUCUGCGAGGAGUACUACCGCGCUGGUGGUCUCCCCGCCGUGCAGGCGGAGCUGCUGCGUAACAACAAGCUGCCGCACCCCUCCGCCGUGACUGUCUCUGGCCACAGCGUGUCCGACAACGUCAAGGGCGACGUGUCGCGCGACAAGCGCGUCAUCCUCGACUUUGACAAGCCGCUGACCAAGAACGGCGGCUUCAUCAACCUCAAGGGCAACCUGUUCGACAGCGCAAUCAUGAAGACGAGCGUGAUCAAGCCUGCGUUCCGCGAGCGCUGGCUGUCGAACCCCGAGGACCCGAUGGCGUUCGAGGGGCCCGUAGUCAUUUUCGACGGUCCAGAGGACUACCACAAGCGCAUCGACUCGACGCCGGGCAUCACCGAGAAAUCCAUCCUCAUCAUGCGCGGCGCCGGGCCGCAGGGAUACCCCGGCGCGGCCGAGGUCGUCAACAUGCUCCCGCCUGCCGAGCUCAUCCAGCAGGGCAUCGAGCUGCCGUGUAUCGGCGACGGCCGCCAGUCCGGCACGUGCGGCACGCCGGCCAUCCUCAACGCUAGCCCGGAGGCAGCGGACGGCGGCCUGCUCGGAUACCUCAAGGACGGCGACGUCGUGCGCGUCGACCUGCUCAAGCGCUCGGCCAACGCGCGCCUCACCCCCGAGGAGAUUGCCGAGCGCAAGAAGGCCAUGCCGACGUACAAGGGCCCCAAGAGCCAGACGCCGUGGCAGAAGAUGUUCCGCGAGAACGUUGCCCAGCUCGCUGACGGCAUGGUGCUCAAGGACGCCGUCGAGUUCCAGCGCAUCGCGCAGACCAUGCCCAUUCCCAGGCAGAACCACUAGGCGGGUCGUGGGGGCGUGGCGGGGCGCGGGUGCCACAUGUUGCCUUGCGUCACCAAACAUGACUGUACAUUUCUGUAACAACUGCUAUGAUGCUAUCAAACUAUCCCAACGUGCGGC